AUGGACACAAAGGAUAUGCUUACUGAAGAUCGCUACGAUGUACGAGUACAACAUACAGGUCAUGUAAAGAUCAAUAUCCCACAAUUUGUAACAAGCCUGUGCCGGAUCGAUAUUGACCUAUUCCCAUUUGACACUCAGUUCUGUGCAGUUGCACUAGCUUCGCCUUUGCUAUCAGUGGAGGAAAUGGACGUAAAUGCCACUCAACCUCCAAAGGAUUCCUACUUUUCGGGAAACGCUGAAUGGGAAGUCAUAAACGUAACAGUAAGACAGAUGAAAUUUAUGGAAGAUGGAGAGUAUCGUGCUGAGGUCCACUACAUUCUGCAUCUUAAUCGUCGACCAAUUUACUACAUCACGGUCAUUGUCGUUCCUACUUUCUUGAUUUCUGCUCUUUCAAUUCUGGGCAUUUUUUCACCUGGAUCAAAUGACGGGCCAAGAAAUGAAAAG